UUUGACGGCGAGGAAGGAUGUGCGAGCAGAAGUGCUGGGUUGAAGAUGUGAAGUGUGGAUUUGUAAAGCUGCUAUCGUUGAGGCUGAAGAACACGUCUGGACGUAACGGACAGAAUUAAACAAUUCACAAUAUGAAGACGCGAACGCGUCAUGGGAUCAUAUUGAUUGGUGCUGUAUGCGUGUUUACAAGCUUAUUGUUCCUGUUCAACAGCAGUUUUACCGACACACCAGAAAAUCAGAUGCAGUCAGAUGGACAUCAGAUGGAUGUUCUACAACCGCAAACAUCCCACUUAGAAGGUUACAGCAGCAUUAUUGAUAAUAAGCCUCUUAGGAUGCAUUGCAAAAGUUGUGCCUUAGUGACCAGCUCUGGUCACAUGACCGGAAGUGGUCGAGGUGUGGAGAUUGACCGCAAGGAGUGCGUCAUCCGUAUGAAUGAUGCCCCAACACGAGGCUACCAGAGGGACGUGGGCCAGCGAACGAGCCUGCGUGUGGUCGCACAUUCCAGCAUGCAACGUGUGCUACGAAACCGACACGAGCUACUCAACUCCAGCCAGAACACCUUCUUUAUCUUCUGGGGGCCCGGAAACUACAUGCGACAAGACGGUAAAGGCCUUGUCUACAACAACCUGCGUCUGUUGAAGCAGAUGAUGCCUAAACUACAGGUGUACGUCAUCUCGAGUUUAAAGAUGCUGCAUUUUGAUGAGCUCUUUAAGAAGGAGACAGGGAAAGAUAGAAAAAGGUCCAAUUCAUGGCUCAGCACGGGUUGGUUCACCAUGGCAAUCGCUAUGGAGAUUUGUGACAGAAUUGAUGUCUAUGGCAUGAUUCCUCCUGACUUCUGCAAGUCUCGCAGCCCUGAGCCCUCAGUGCCGUAUCACUACUACGAGCCUGCGGGGCCGGAUGAAUGCAAAAUGUAUCUCUCCCACGAGCAGGGCCGGCAUGGCAGCCACCAUCGUUUCAUCACAGAGAAACGUGUCUUUGCCAACUGGGCACGUAUGUUCAACAUACACUUCUAUCAACCUGACUGGAGACCAGCACCUGUUAAAAAGAACAGCACAGACUACUGAGGUUCAAACUUUGGGAUGUUUCUGGGACUCAGAACCUCAACGUCCUUUAACUGGAACACAUUAUGAAUGAAAGUUGUUUGUGAUGUUCUUUCUAGUGGCUUGAAACAGCAAGAACAACUUUCUAUGAGGUACUUGUUGGACAUAAUCAGACUUUUUUGAUGAGAAUUUUAAUUGCAAAAACUGAUGUGCUGAACAAAAAUGUUGAAAGAUUAUGUUAAAUGUGACAAGAACAUACAGUAUAUUGUUCACUUUAUUAAUCAUAACAGUAUGAUCCACAUUGGUUCAUAAUUCAGAAAACUGGGUUACUGUAUAAUUAUAUCACAUUUUCUGUUUCCAGCAAUUACUACUUUGAUAUCUAGGCGAUAUUAUUCUCCAUGUGUAAUAAUUUCACUUAAAUUAUACAUACACCCUUAAUAAUUUGUGCCGCGUGGAGAGUGUCAAGCACACAGGUUACAAAUUUCUUCUCUCAGUGGCAUCUAAAGAAAACCAUUUGCAAAUUGUGCAUUUUUUCCAAAUUACACUUUUAUCAUAGGGCCUCAUUAGAUGUGUCUUUUGUACAUGUAAAAAAGAUGUUUAUCUCGUAAAUUAAGCUGUAAAUAGGGCUGGACGAUAUGGCCAAAAUUGAUAUCACGAUAUAUUUCUUAAUUU